AUGCAACUGGCCGGCGUGGUGAUUUGCGGUCUUGUCUCGGACAGAACAACGCUGGAAGCUAUUUGUGUAGAUGAGUUCUGGGCGACACUGCCGGGACCUUGCGCAGUCGCCUACACCGCGGAGAUGGCCCAACACUUUGCCGCUGCCCUGGCCCUUGUACGCGGUGGGACUUACCAUCUGAAUGUGGACUGUGCGCAUGGCGUGGGCGGUAUUGCGGUGACCUCCCUGGCCGCUAACAUCCAUCUAGAGUUAAUCAAGCCGACCUAUCCGGCCGACAGUCCACGUGUCUGUCUACACACCUUCAACACACUCACCCACGACAAACAUUUGCUCAAUAACAAGUGUGGCGCUGACUUCGUCAAGUGGGUCGUUUUUACGGUGGCUCUGGUGUCACCGCAACUCGGGCUAACGUCUGAAGGGACUGACGAAAUGACAAUGCUCCGUCCUCUGAUAAUCUACUUGAGGGAUAUUUUACUUGCUGAAACAUACAACUUCACCUGCAUAAGGGCUAUGCUGGUCUUUGAUUUCUCCGAGGAGAAGCGACUUGUGGAAACAAUAACGUAUGGUGUGCAGAGGAUGAAUUUUACUGCUUUUCUUAAUUUUCUGUUGGCUCCAGUCGAGCUUAAUCUCGGAGUUGGUUUUGCCCAGAAAUCGGACAGUGUGAUUCCUGCCUUGAAAAAGAAAAUCGUCUACAUAUGCUGCCAGGGCGCAAAGUCCGCUUCAUGUUGGCUGACAGACCAAAGCAGCUGGACCUUUGAAAGUUACGACCUCCAGCGUGUGGGUGCAGUACGUGCAUCUAGUAUUAUCAUAGCGACUUGCGUGGCGUUGUCGUCUACCGCCUUCCUAUCCUGCUCUGAGCUUUACGGCUUCAGGCCGCAACUGACACCCUCAGAGGAUAAUUCCCUCGCCUUUACUGGGCCCACCAAUGAACGUUGGGCCAGCAUUGACGGGGACGCAGAUCGUCUCAUCUACUUCUACCCCGAUCCAGUGCCGGGCUGCGCAGAGCGUGUGGAGCUCAUUGAUGGUGAUCGCAUCGCUGUCCUCUUUGCCUCCUUCAUUAUCCGUGAAUUGAAGCGACAUACUCCUAUGCCCAACCUACGACUGGGUGUUGUUCAAACCGCCUACUCCAACGCUGCGGCAACUACGCAUCUGCGGCGCGACCUCGAUGUUGAGGUGGCCUACGCCAAGACCGGGGUCAAGUACCUGCAUAAGACUGCGAAGACUUUCGAUUUCGGGAUAUACUUUGAGUCCAAUGGCCACGGUACCGUGCUGUUGUCGGCGGCCGCAGAAAAGUUUCUUGCUGGCCUCCCCUCCGAUAGCCUCCUGCGCGCUUUCUUCAACCUCGUUAACAGUGCCGUGGGAGAUGCCCUGUCUGAUCUCCUGCUGGUAGAAUUCGUUCUCGCCACCGGC